CCGAUCUGGGCUGAGCCGGGCCGGGCCGGGCCGGUACUGCGGUGCCUGCCUCCCGCGGAUGCAUAGCCCCGUUUUCCACGGUAUGUCAGUGUCUCUUAAGCAGCCAAGGCUCAGCAACUCCAUGGGAUGAGGUUUGUGAGAAGGAUCCUGGUUGAUGGCUUUGAUCUGCAGCUCCAUGAGUGCAUUCAGUUCCAAGGACUGGCAGUGCUUUUUGCUUUUGAAGUGACACCAUGUGAAUGUGCUAAGGGGGAAGUGAAUCUCUGCUUACCUUGACACCCAGGACAGCUCAAUCCAGGAUCUUGAGAAAAAAAAAAAAGAAAAAAGAAUCAUUCUUUUGGCUUCAGACUUUGAGCAUCAGAGGGCAGCGCUCAGGGAAGCAGCAGCCUGUCCUUCUGGCCAAGCUACCUGGGCCCACAUCACUUCUCCAGCCUCAGCAAAGACACUGGACUUGCCAAGCCUCAACUUGUCAUUGCCAGCUGAGCCCUGGAAGAGCUCAGAGGAGAUCCUCAGGGUCCCUGGUUCUGCCUGGAUCGGUGGUGAGGCGGAGCAGCAGCACGGAGCAGCAGGUGAGCCUGGCAGGGCUGCCUGCAGCUUGGGACAACACACUCAUGGUCCCCAGGAGUGGCCUCCAGCAUGCAGCUGGCACCUCCUACAGAUACAAACUGCAGUGCCUCUGGACCCAGGUGAGGCAGAUCGCCAGGGAGAGGGACAAGGCACGGCUCAGUUUGGAGAAGGCAGAGAGACACUGCCUGCAGCUGGGCAGGGAGCUGGAUGAGCAGUACAUCACUCUUGAGCACACCCAGAGCAAGCUCAGGAAUUUUCAGGCAGAAAUAGAGGCAAAAGAGCUGCUUUUGCAGCAAGCAGUGAGUCACCAGGCGAAGCUGGAGGCUGCUGCACAGCUCCUCCAGGGCAAAGAGGCCAACCUGCAAGGGAGACUGAACCAUGUGAUGAAUGAGAACACACAGCUACAAAAUAAGGUCACAGAGAUGGCUGAGAAACUGUCAGCCUCUGAGGAAAUGGUGUUGGAGCUGCAAAAAGAACUCAACCACAUUGUGAAGGAUAAGCUGGAGCAGGGGGAGCCCCACAGCCCAGAGUUCCUGAAGCAGAGCGAGCGCUUUGCCGAGAUUGUCCUGGAGUACGAGCGGCAGUGCCAGAGAGUCAAGGUGCUGUACGAGCAGAACGGAGCGCUGCGAAGGGAGCUGCAAAGGCUGCGCCUCCAGCUGCAGGAGAGCAGGGCUGAGGGAGGGCUGCCAGCAGCAGAAAUGUCACUCCCAGUGGAGCAGCUCCAAGAGCAGCUGCAGGACCUGAAGGUGCAGCUGGAAACCAAGAGUGAUAAGGGCAAGGAGGAGCUCUCUCACCCAGAUGUCAAGAGGCCUCAGCUGGGCUGUGAACCCCCUGAGCACAAGGCUGGUCACAGCGAUGGCCCUGGCACUGCCCAGCUGCAGAGCCAGAGCCUUCUGGAGGCUGAGUGGCUACGAGGGGCAGAGACUGCUGCAGGGCUGGAGCACCACCAGAGGCAUGCAGCAUGCUGGAUGGAGAUGGAGCUGCUCCAACAGCAGCUCCAGGCCUCGCAGGAAAAGCUUUUGGAAGCCAAAGCCAGCCUGAGCCUGACCCAGGCCCAGCACGCUCUGCAGUUGCAGCAGGCCAAGGCCCAGAUAAACAACAUGGUGCCAAAGAAACAGUUUGAGCAGCUGCAAAACACCUUGAGAGAGGAACAGUGCAAGACUCAGCAGCUCAAGGAAAGCCUCCAGCUGCAGGCUGAGCAAACAUGCAGGCAGCUGGUCAGGACCCAGGAGGAACACGAGCAGCUGCUGCAGGCAGCUGUGGAGCAGGCAGAGGGGCUGGAACAGAGUCUGAGGAAUGCUGAAGCUGUGCUGGCAGAGAGGGCAGCUCAGCUCGGAGAUGCCCAGGCCCAACUCUCCAGGAACAAACUAUUGAUUGAAGAGCUCCAUGGAGAAAACAGGAGGUUUGCAAUGGCCCUGCAGGCUGCUGAGCUGAAGCAGAAGAGCAUGGAGGAGAAGAACCAGCUGUUGGAGGAACAAGCCUCAGCUCUGAAGCAGCUUAUUGGAAAAAUCACACCAGCAUCUCUGAAUGGGUGAUGGGACAUCUGCAGUGGCAGCCCCUGGUCCUGGCUGGGGCUGGUCAGGUGCAGAAUGGGAGAUAUGGCACGGUUGGGAAAUCAGCCUUGUCCUCUCUGGUCUUGCCAGGAUUUUCCUGUGCAGAAAAUACCAAAUGGGAAGCCAAGAGUCCUUUGAGGAAACUGGUCUUGUGGAUAGCUGAAUUUUCCAACUGAAAGCAGCAGCCUUGGUGCCUUUCUCAAUGGCAGUGUGCUGUUAUGUCAUGUGUCUCAGGGCAGCCAGCUCACAGGAUUUUCUUUGGCAGUGUUUGGUAGUGGUGCAGGUGCUCCCUCUCUGCAGAAGGUCGAUGUUGGAGCCACAGUUACAGCUCGAAAGCCAGGGCAGAAAGGCUUGCAGGACCCUGUGCUUGGUCACUCCAAGCAGGAAAGAAAGCUGAGUUGUGGCAUUAAAAAGUUUAUAAUGUUACAGCA